CCUAUCAGCAUCGCAACGCAUCGUUGAUUGUGGACAUAUGUCACGGUGUACAAAUCGAAAUCGGUGUCGUAGUUGGUUCAACAAAACACGUAAAAACCGCAAAACGUAUAUAACGCAGCGUGAAGUUGGCGCGUUUUUAUUGCCGCCAUCCGAUGAGGGUCUGAAGAAAUGGCCCAUGAUACAGUGUUUUUGUCAUUGACAUUGGAAAUGGGAUUGAAAUUGAGAAUGGGAUUGGGCAAGUGAAAUUUGCGCAUUGCUACUUGGCGAGGCCCUCCCCUCCGGUUCAUCAUUUCGUCGACUACUCAAGCUCGGUUCCGGCAUAACGUGACAACAAUUUGUGAUUCCGCACACAAAACUUUGACUAAUGAAUAAAAGUAGACAGUGCAAAGAGAAUUCGUCAGCAUCUUUGUAAAAGUUAUCAAGAAAAUUUACGUCAAGAUGAUGACUAAGUUGAACUGGUUGUUAACUGCCUGCCUAACACUCUCCCUAACCUGGCUACCAGACGCCCACGCGCGCAUUGGCUACUUUUGGCAUAUCAGUGACCUCCACUUGGACACAUUCUAUUCAACGCAAGGCGACAUCUACAAAAGCUGUUGGCAGCUAACACGAGCUGCAUCCAGUUCCACAUCCACUGUGACCCUCGAAUCGCCUGGACCCUUUGGACACUACAAUUGCGACAGUCCAUGGAGUCUCAUCGAAUCGGCGGUGAAAUCGAUGAAGGCCAAACAGGGCGAUAAUGUUGAGUUUGUUCUUUGGACAGGCGAUGCCCUUUCCCAUUCAGCUCAACCGUUGUCCGAGCAGAAGCAACAUGAAAUUUUGCGUAACAUAACAGAUCUACUCGGGCGGAGUUUCUCAUCGCAAUUCAUAUUCCCGGUUUUGGGCCAUGAGGAUGGCAGCGGCAGUUAUAGAAAAAUGGGCGAAUUAUGGCGCCAUUGGUUACCCACCGAAGCAUUGGUCACCUUUGAACAAGGUGGCUUCUAUUCCAUCGAACAGACAAAGAGUCGUCUACGUAUCGUUGCUCUCAAUACGAAUUUUAUGCGACACGAUCAUGAUCCUGAACCGGAAGCUGAUGCCAAAGUAUCUCACAAUUUCCGCUGGCCGUCUGAAUAUUUUGCCGAACCGAAAGCCUCCAGUAGAAGCACCACCAAUAUGGCCCAGGACGAGCAAUUAGCUGAACAGCAAUGGCUCUGGCUAGAGGAGAUUCUCAGCAAGUCGCGUGAUAAACAAGAGACUGUCUACAUAGUUGGACAUAUGCCGCCGGGGGUCGACGAACGUCACCUGGGGCCACAGCAUAAUCAGUUAAUCUUCACGGAGCGCAACAAUCGCCGCUAUUUGGAUAUGGUGAGACGAUAUGCUUCUGUUAUACAGGGUCAGUUUUUUGGCCAUUUACACUCGGACACCUUUCGUUUGGUCUAUGAUGAGCAAGGCAAGCCAAUUUCAUUUGUGAUGAUUGCCCCAUCCAUUGUGCCACAAAAGGCUGGCAUUGGAUCCUCAAAUAAUCCAGCUCUGCGGCUAUACAAAUUCGAUACGGGUAGCGGCCAGGUUUUGGACUAUACACAAUUCUGGCUGGAUUUACCUUUGGCCAAUCGAGCUCACGAGCCACUCUGGCAGUCCGAAUAUAAUCUUACGCAUUACUACGGAUUGGCCGAGAUAUCGGCCAUUGCUCUGCAUAACUUUGCCGAGCGUUUUACCGGUAACGAUGCCUCAUGGUUUAGCAGAUACCAUCGCGCCAAUGCGGUAAGAUAUCAGACCGGUUCACCCUGCCAGGGACUGUGUAUGCUCAAUCAUUAUUGUGCCAUCACUCGGCUGGAUUAUGAUGAGUUUCGGUUAUGUAUGGAGACGGAACAGCUACCCUUGCAGGGCCGUGCAGGCGCCGUUGCCGUCCUAAGCAUUUGGCUGCUUCUGCCAUUGCUCAUAUCUCUAUGUCUAGCGAAUUUACUCGGUUAAGCAGAUCCCAGCUAAGCACUUCCUAUAUAUAUAAAUACACAACAGAAACAAAACUAAA